AUGGCCAAGCUUGCAGGAAAGGGCAGCCAGCUCAAGGCCAACGCAGCCGCACUGACACUCAAGUGCCAUGUCUGCCUGCAGGUUUUCAUCUGCACGCGUGGCGGCGACCUGGCAGGGGAGGCGGCCGCGCGCGCCGUGGCGCGCGCCGACGCCGAGGCGCUGCACCUGCGGCUGCUGGAGCGGCAGCAGCGGCGGGAGGCCCUCAAAGACCGCCUGAUGGAGGACGCGAGGCGCGCCAAGCGCGAGCAGCUGCUUAGGAUUGAGGCGGUCGCCAAGGCGCGCGCGCGCCAGCGCGGCCUGGCCAGCCUGGCGGUCGACCCCGACAUCCUGGCGCUCUCAUCGCGCUUCAGCCGCCUGGACGACGUCGUGGGGCAGCAGCUGUUGAGCGCUGCCCGCAGCGCCGACGCUGCUGCAGCCAAGCUGGGGCCAACGAUUGACAGCUACCGCGUCGGUGGCGGCGUGGGCAUCACCCCACCAGCUAGUGUCUAUGGGGCGCAGCCGCAGCCGCCGCAGCAGCAGCCGCAGUCGCCGCCGCAGCAGCAGCCGCAGUCGCAGCCGCAGCAGCAGCAGCAGCAGCAGCAAAAGCAGCAGCAGGGUUGGGCCCCCAGUGCUGCUGUCGCCGCCGCCAACGGCGCUGCAGCGCGGCGUGAGCAGCAGAGGGUACCCGUCCCUGGCGCUGCGCCCGCCAGCGACUCAGUGCAGCGGCAGCAGCAGGCAUGGGAGCGCAAGCGUGAACAGGAGCGGCAGACGUACUGGGAGCAGCAGCAGCGGGCUGAUGCGGAGCUGCGGGCGGAGCGGGAGCGGGAGUGGAGCGAGUACUACUGGCGAUUGCAGCAGGGGCAGCAGCAGCAGCAGCAGCAGCAGCAGCAGCAGCAGCAGCAGCAGCAGCAGCAGCAGCAGCAGCAGCAGCAGCAGCAGCAGCAGAGCGCUUACGGUGGUUAUGGCAGUUACGGAGAACUCAGUAGCCGGGGGAUGUACCGCCAGACCAGGCGCAAACCGUGGUGGCAAUUGUGGUGA